AUGACGCUGCUUUGCAGAGCCAAGGCCAUGGGCUGGCUCCCAGCGCUUCUUGUCGCGACUCUCGCACACGCCCAGGGCCAGACUCCAAGCGCGCCUGCUGCCUUCGACCCUCUGCAGUACGUCGACCAGCUCAUCGGCGCAAGCAAUGGCGGCAACGUCUUCCCAGGCGCGACCGUGCCGUACGGCGUGGCCAAGGCGGUCGCCGACACGGACAGCGGCAGCAACCAGGGUGGCUUCACGCUCGACGGCGCUGCCGUCACCGGUUUCAGCGCCUUGCACGACUCGGGAACCGGCGGCGAGCCGUCUCUGGGAAACUUCCCGCUCUUUGGCUACAAUGCUUGCGCGGACGACGACGUCAAUCGGUGCGCGUUCCCGAAGCGCACGAGGGCCAGGUUCGGCCACUUCGGGAAUGACACGGUCAAGGCGAAACCCGGAUACUUUGCGAUAGCACUCAACAACGGACCGCGUGUCGAGAUGACGGCCACUCAUCACACUGCUCUGUUCCGCUUUAACUUUUCCAAAAGCGACCAGGGGCAGAAGCCACUCAUCUUGCAAGACUUGACCGACCUAUCCAACUCUCGUCAGGACAAUGCUACUGUUCACGUCGACGAAACCUCCGGUCGCAUUACAGGCGACGGCGUGUUCGCCCCCAGCUUUGGUCAAGGCCGCUAUACAGCGUACUUUUGUACGGACUUCCACGGGGCGGCGAUCGCUGACAGCGGCAUCUUUGUCGACAGCCGCGCGAGCACCGAGGUGAAGGACCUCAAGAUUUCCAAGGGCAUCAACGGCUACCCCCUGCCUGGCGGUGCCUUUGUGCGCUUCGCCAAUGCAGACAACCCCGUCCUUGUUCGGGUGGGCCUCAGCUUCAUCAGUAAGGAGCAGGCAUGCUCCAACGCUGAAAAGGAGGUUCCCGACUUCGACUUUGACAAGCAUACGAAAGACGCGACCGACGCGUGGCGGGAGAAGCUGUCGCCGAUUGUCGUCGACACCAAGGGCGUCAAUGCCUCCUUCAUCACCAACUUUUACUCUGGCUUCUACCGUACCAUGGUCAACCCACAGAACUACACCGGGGAGAAUCCUCUUUGGGGCGGCAGUGAGCCGUACUUUGACUCGUUCUACUGCAUCUGGGACUUGUUCCGUUCUCAGUUCCCUUUCCUUACCCUUGUCGACCCUGACGCGGUCGAGCAAAUGGUCCGCUCCCUCAUCUCGACGUACGAGCACGACGGCUGGUUGCCCGACUGUCGAAUGAGCCUCAACAGAGGAUACACACAAGGUGGAUCCAAUGCGGACAACGUGCUUGCCGACGUUUUCCUAAAGGGCAUCAAGGGAGGGAUUGAUUGGAACAAGGGGUACGAGGCGGUCAAGAAGGACGCCGAAGUCGAACCAUAUGACUGGUGCUGCCACGGCCGCGGUGGAAUUGACUCCUGGAAAAAACUCGGAUACAUCCCUGUACAGGAUUUCGACUUCCGUGGCUUCGGAACCAUGACGCGCAGCAUCAGCCGGACCUUGGAGUAUGCGUAUAACGACUUUUGCAUUUCGCAGCUUGCCGGCGGCCUCGGCAAGAGAGGCGAACAGGAAAAGUACAUUGCUUCCAGCGGCAAUUGGAAGAACCUGUACCGAGAGGACCAGACCUCAGCCUACCCCAACGGCACUGACACGGGGUUCACCGGCUUCUUCCAGCCCAGGUACCUGAACCAGACAUGGGGCUACCAGAAUCCGCUCAACUGCAGCAACAUUGACGACAAGAGCGUCUGCUCGCUUCAGAACAAUGGCCCGGAGACUUUUGAGAGUAGCAUUUGGGAGUACGGCUUCUUCGUGCCACACGCCCAAGCGGAGCUUAUCGACCUGUACGGUGGAUCCGACGGCUUCGUGCGCCGGUUGGACUACCUUCACGACCAUGGCAUCACCUACAUCGGCAAUGAGCCGGCCUUCCUCACCGUCUUCCAGUACCACUACGCUGGGCGCCCUGCGCUCUCGGCACUGCGGAGCCACUUCUACAUUCCCAAGUUCUUCGAACCAACGCCCCCCGGGCUGCCUGGCAACGAUGACAGCGGUGCCAUGGGGUCGUUCCUCGCCUUCAGCAUGAUGGGCCUAUUCCCCAACCCUGGCCAGAACGUGUACCUGAUCAUACCGCCGUACUUUGAGAGCGUCAACAUCACGCAUCCCACUACGGGGAAAACAGCCAGGAUCCGCAACGUCAACUUUGACCCGACAUACAAGAACGUCUACAUCCAGAAGGCGACUUUGAACGGCAAGCGCUACGACAAGAAUUGGGUCGACCACUCCUUCUUCACGGAGGGCAAGGAGCUCGUGCUCACUCUUGGAAGCAAGGAGAGCAAAUGGGGAACAACCGUCCGGGACAGACCGCCCACUCUGGGACGGUACUCCGAGACCAAUGGCGCACGAUCAGCCAGAGACGUGGAAACUGGCGUCGCUGGCGGUUCUUUGGCCUACCGGAGCUACUUUGGCCCUGGAGGAAGCAGUAGCUAG